AACCACCAAGAAUUAUGGGCGGAGAGAUAAUAAUAGUGGAAAAUUCUAGGUUACAAAUAAAAAUUUAUGAAUUAGAACAAAGAAUAUGCGCUUUAAAUGCUAAUAAAGAUGAAUUAAUUCGUGAUAAUACACAUUUAAGAAGUAGAAAUGAGGAACUUGUAACUGAGAGAAAUCAAUUUGAAGCUGACAACAUUCAGAUUCACGCAGCAAAUAAAAAUUAG